CACCCAGUCUCCUGUAAAACUAACAACACUCUGUCCAUGACUUUGAAGGAUUCCAUUCUGACUGAUAUCAAGGGUAGAGUUGGUUCUAUUGUUGCCAACAGACAAUUCCAAUUCGACGGUCCACCACCACAAGCCGGUGCUAUCUACGCUGCUGGCUGGAGUAUCUCCAACGAUGGUAACUUAGCCAUCGGUAACACCACUGUCUUCUACCAAUGUUUGUCUGGUAACUUCUACAACUUGUACGAUGAAGUCAUCGGUAACCAAUGUGAACCAGUCUACUUAAAGGUUGUUGACCUGGUCGACUGU